AUAUAACCCUGUCAGCCGGCCCCGCCUCCUGUGCUUUGAUUGGGCACACUGUUACUGGAGCUGUCAGCUCUGCUCCGGGAAGGUUUUCUCUCCGCUCUCAGUCCUCCAGUCUUCAGCUCCACAGACGGCCCCCCGGCUGACUGACUGACUGUGACCCGCAGCAGCCAAGCGGUAGUCUGUCUGCCUUUUGUUCGCUAGCUUGGAAAGCACCAAGAAAAACACACACAGAGAGAGAAGAGCCGCCGCAUCCAUGCAGUAGGAGCCUUUUUUUUGGAAAAUGAUCAUCUGUACGAAUAAAAUGGAGUACCCCCUAAGAACCCAGUGCCAGCGAGUCCAGAAACAGGUGAUGGUGAAUGGUGAGAAGGAGCGAGUGUCGCUGCUCUUCAUGAAGGCUUUGGUCAGCACGGGGAGUGUGGACGCCGUGUCCCAGCAGAUGGCCUCUCACCCUCAGUACUUGGAGAGCUUCCUGCGCACACAGCACUACAUCCUGCACAUGGACGGCCCCCUGCCGCUGCCAUACCGCCAUUACAUCGCCAUCAUGGCUGCAGCACGACAUCACUGCAACUAUCUGGUGUACCUGCACUCGGCCCAGUUUCUGAGGGUGGGUGGGGACCCUCUGUGGUUGCAGGGUUUGGAGGCAGCUCCCCCUCGCCUUCGACUCCUUGACCACAUCAAUAAGGUUUUGGCCCACCAACCCUGGCUGACUGCCUGCUCACACAUCCAGACGCUGCUAAAGUCGGGCGAGCAGUGCUGGUCGCUGGCUGAGCUGGUGCAGGCCGUGGUGAUCCUGGCCCACUGCCACUCUCUCUGCAGCUUUGUGUUUGGAUGCGACACAGACUCAGACUUUGUCCCGCUCUCCAAAUCUCCUAAUGGUACCCCGCCGACCUUCUGCCCCUUUGAUGCUGCCAACGGCAACACCAACGUGCCUCAGUCGCUCGCCACUCCCUCCGAACACAAAACACGACGACGGUCUCUGGACUCCAGCUGUGACAUCGUGUGUUUAAAGGAGAGGAUUCAGAAGUCUCAGGAGGAGCGAGAAAAGAGAGAAGAGCGCCUGCUGCAGACCCAAACACUCCAGCAAACAGAUAUGGAAGAAGAGGAGGAGAUGAUUUGCUUUGCAGACCCCACGCGUUUCAUCACAGACCCUGACUUUUGCUAUCAGGAGUUCGCUCGUAGGGAGGAGGACCACUUUCAAGUAUUUAGAGUUCAGGACUACUCAUGGGAGGACCACGGCUUCUCCUUAGUCAACAGGUUGUAUUCGGACAUCGGGCACCUCUUGGACGACAGAUUCAGGAGCGUGACCACCCUCCCCUCUUUGCACAGCCCCGACCUGAAGAGGGCGAUCUGGAAUUACAUCCAUUGUGUGUUAGGAAUACGGUAUGACGAUUAUGAUUAUGGAGAAGUGAACCAGUUGCUGGAGCGGGAUUUGAAGCUGUACAUCAAGGCUGUGGCCUGUUUUCCAGACGCCACCAAAACUCCAGUGUGUCCUUUGAGUUGGGCUCCACUUAAAACUUCAGAACGGAUACACGUGAACUUACUCAUCAUGGAGGCCCGGCUGCAGGCUGAGCUGCUAUACGCUCUGAGAGCCAUCACUCAGUACAUGAUUGCCUAAGUGCUCCGAGAGGCACAAAGCUAAAACUUUCCGCCGGUACAGAGAGACCGAGAGAGACGAGGAUGAAGAAAUCUGAACAGCAGUGACGGUGGAGUGGGACGAGAGCGGCACUUUGAAGGACACAGAGUUCCGUCGUUUUGUAGCUGUGCCUCAUGAAUGUUCUUUCUUUCUCUCAGAUUUAAUGUAUUUAUACCAUUGUGUGCCACAAAACCCCAGCCACACCCCCUCGCCCUCCUCUUGUUGUGAAGUCCUCUUAUCAAACAUCUCGGCUCUCAAAGGUUAUGUGCAAUUAUUACUAGACUUGUUUUAAUUUUUACCUGUUGUUUUGUGCUCCAGCUCCAGUCUGUGAGAAACUGCUUGGUUGCAGCAGUGUGUUACAGUGGCCAAUACUCUCCUCUUCGUUUCAUCAGUCUCCUUUUUGUAUUAACUAUGCCCCCACGCCCACAAAAAAAUAAUAAUCUUUUUGUACAUCUUGAAUGAAUGUUAAUGGGAGACCAGGGCCUUUUUGUUUUCUUUUGGACAAUCUUUGUCAGUGUUGGAGGGGGACGUUAAGUGGACCGCGAAGGAUUUUUCACUCCCUAAUGUUUCGUAUUAAUGCUGGUCAAGAACAAAACACAACAGUGACACUGCUGGAAGUUAUCACAUCACUAUAGUUUCUUUUAAUAAGCACUUUUUUAAACUUUAUAUAUUUAUAAUGCAAGGUAGCUCGUUAGUCAACAUUGAGACGCACAGCUUGUGGGUCGGACGCCUUUUCUUUCUCCACUGUGCGACAUGUUAACGAACAUUUUUAGAUUGUUUCAUCCUUAAACUUUCAGACUUUGCUUUUGUUCUCAACCCCAGAUUUGUGAGUGAAUUAACUUGAUCCAGGACAUUUCAGUGAAUUAUUGGAAGGAUUUCGAAGGUUGUGAUGUUUGCAAAACACACAAUUUACACCUGACGGUAAGAAAAAUUUGUAACUAAAGAGGUCAGUGAGCUGUUUCCUACAGUGACGAUUAAGCUGAGCCAUUCGCUAAACGAUUGUUUUGUUUGUUUGUACUGACGUGCUUCAGAAAUGAUCAAAUCAGAGACUGAAUUUCAGACCAAAGGUCAUUAAGAAAACUCAACCUUUCACUACAGUGAAGUGAUGAAUUGGAUAAAUAAAGACGCAGAUCUGCACUGAGUUGAGGUUGAGUUUUUGCUCAGAGCUUUGUGUUAAAGCUUCUUUUGUGAGCUGUAUCAAAGCUGAAUAUAAAGUCAAAAAUCCACGGUACAAUUUGCAAAGCAGAACAAUGUGGAAACUAGUUGUUAAACUUGUAUCUUUUCUGUAUUUCUUUUUUUUAUUUUUACAGUUUUUGUAAACUCUAGAGUACUUCUUUUUGUGUGUGUUGUUUUCUGGGUGUGACGGUAGGACCUGCUAGUUGUGCUGCAGCCUGGGUAGACGUAGAGGUGUGACAGAUGUUUAGAGUUAGACUUUAGUAACUGCGGGACAUAGAACAGAAACAGAAGUGCAUAUCGACAAAAGCAAAAGCGCUGUUAACACAGGUGCCUUCAGGCUGACACUGAAGUGCUGCUGAAGUGGAGGGAUGUGACUACUGGAGGCUGAACGCGGGCUCUAGUUGCAGCUGGGAAACACCCCCGACUGACAACUUUUAAAAACCUUCCCGCACCAAUGGAAACUUAUUUCACGGUGUUGCUCAGCACAAUUUCUGAUGAAUAUUACGGUUUGUGAAUAACCCGUGUUUUCUAUCAGACACCUUCUACAAGCCCCAGCAACUCAGCAAAGAGCCUUUGACACAGAUGGAUGUUUAAAAAAUGUUCAACUUGAGCAAUUUAAAAAAAAAAAA